AUCUCAAGAUACGUGCCAGAUAACAAAAACUCAAUAUAUUUAUAAAGAAUCUCAAGUUCAAUGUUGAAAGCUCCUAAGAAUUUCCAACAAAAGUAGUUUUUUAAUGUAAAAUACGGCUGUUUAAUUAAAAACUUUAACUCAGUAAUUUUUCGCACAAAAAAUAUUCAGGUUACUCAUAUACGCAAUUUAAACUAAUAAAACUAAUAAACCAAUGAGACAUCCAAAAGAACAGUUGUAUAAUCACAAACAAUUAACUAUAAGAUAUUACAAUAUGGAAAAUAACCAACAAAUGACUGUAGAAAAUGAUGAAUUUUCAAAUCAAAAAACAGCACCAGCAGUAGAAGUUUUAAAUAUAGGAUCAAUAAUUGAAGAGAAUUCAAUGGUGACAUGUCAACAAUUAUUUUUGUCAUCUAAUAGUGGUUUAACAAAAAAAAUCGAAUCCAUUCAAUUGAAUGAAUCAUCAUCACCAACUUUAGUACCAUUAUCAUCAAAUUCAUCAUCAUUACAAUUACAACAAAAUUUAACAAAUAGUGAUAUAAAUCAACAAUCAAACUUAUUAGAAACUAUACCAAUACCUGGUGAUAAUUUAUCUAAUUUAUUAAAUAACAUUGAAUGCGAUAUUAAUAUUAAAAGUGAUACUAGUUCUAAAUUAUUAAACUUAAAAAUAAGUAAAUCGAAUCAAGAUGUUGUAGUAGUUAAUAAUGAUGAAGUAGUCAAUAAUGAUGGAGUAGUUAAUAAUGAUAUUAUUGUUGAAGAACGUAAGAAAUCAAAAAAUUCUACUGAAGAUAUUAUAAUACCACCACAACCAUUACAUCCAGAUACAUAUUUAAACUUCCCGCAUUAUAUUGAUUAUAAUAAUUUUUCAACCAAUUACAAUAAUCCAUCAUCACAAAAUACUAAUAUUUCUGAUAAUAAAACUAUUAAUAAAAAUAAUGUUGUUGCUUCCGCUUUGGCUUUAAACCAUAAAAAUGGUACUAAUUCUACUUUAAAUAAUAUAACUACUACUAAUAAUACUAAUAUUAAUAACUGUAUGCAAUCAUUGUCAUUAAGUAUUACUAAUGUCAAAGUAAUUACCGAAAAUUCUGAUACUAAUACUAUUGGAACUAGUGUUGGCACAAAUAUAAAUGAUAAUCAUAAUAUUAUAAGUUCAACUUCAUCAAAUCAAAGUACAUUUAAUGAUGAAAACAAUGAUAAUUCUCUAACAACAUCUCCUUCAUCUUUAGUAAAUAUAAAAGGUCAUGAUAAAGAAAUUUGUAGCAAAAUAACACCUAAACUAUCAUCAGAUGAUAAAGUUACUAAAUCAACUAGUAUUAAUUUAACAGAUAAUAGUAGUAUUAAUGAUGAUAUGCUAUGCUCUGCUUCCCCACCUAAAAAUAUAUGCUUGCAAAAAUCCUCCACUAAUAUAACAUCUAUUCAAUUAACAGAAUCAUUUUUACAAACACCAUCAAUAUCUGUAACAAUCCAUCAUCCACAACCACAAUCCGUUACCAUAUUUCCAGCACAAACACAUUUAAAUUCCCCAUCAUCUAGUUCUUCUUUUACUUCGAGUACAAUCAGUUAUUAUGAAAAUGAUCCUUUUGUUAAUCCUGCAUCUGUCACUAUAGCAAAUAAAAUACAAAUGCAAAAAAGUACUUCCCAACAGCUUAAUGCUUCUAAUGCGUCAAAUGCUUCUUCAUUAAAAUUUCAAGAUAAUAUUUUAGCUUAUAAAAGGUAUUUAUUUUCACCUAAAACUCAAUCAUUAGAUUUAGGAAGUGAUCCCGACCAUCCAACUGUAUUAAGAUACCGUAAUCCUAGACUUCAACAAGAGGAACGUUUUUAUGAAGAUUCUCUUACAUUGAAUGAUGUUAAUGAUGCGAUAUUAAAAAAUCAUGGCCAAAAAAAUAAUAUUAAAGCAGAAAAUAUUUUAAAUAAUAUAUUACCAGUUUCAAAUUCAACAGCAACGUCAACUAACAUAUUAGGAACAUCAAUGGCGUCCCCAUCAAAUUGUGAUUUAAGACGUGAGCUUCUUCAAAAGAACGCAGAUGAAGCACUAAAUGCUGGUAGAUUAUCACCGCCAAUAUUAUGCACAAUAUCAAUGACAUCAACAAAUAAUUCAACAAUGUCUAGUGAAGAAAGCGAUACGGUAAGCUAUAAUACACCAACCUCAGUCUCAUCAACAUCCGAUAAUUCAGCAAUAAAUUCUUCUACAUCAAUACUGAAACCAAAAUUACAAACAGCCUUAGAAUCAAGACCAAUUUAUCCUAAUGUACCAUAUAGCCCUUACAGCAGUCCUCGUACUAGACGUAGGCCUCCAUUACGAGAAUCCAGAAGAGUAUCAAUCGACAAAUCGGGUAGUUUUUUGCAGCUAAAUCAAUAUAAACUAAUGGAUCAAAUUGGACAGGGAUCAUAUGGACUUGUUAAACUUGCGUACAAUGAAGAAGAUUCAACUCACUACGCAAUGAAAAUUUUAUCAAAACGUCGUUUAUUACGUAAAGCAGGUUUAAUGAGUCGUGGACCAAAAAAAACAACACAAUCGCCUUUAGACAGGGUUUAUCGUGAAAUAGCAGUACUUAAGAAAUUAGAUCAUCCUAAUGUUGUUAAAUUGAUUGAAGUUCUUGAUGAUCCUUUAGAGGAUUUUUUAUAUUUAGUUUUUGAACUGGUACAUCAAGGUGAAGUUUUAUGUAUACCGGCAGAUAAACCAUUAAAUGAAGAACGUGCAUGGUCAGUUUUUCGGGAUGCGUUACAGGGACUUGAAUAUUUACAUUAUCAACGUAUUAUUCAUGCUGAUAUAAAGCCAGGAAAUUUAUUACUUGGUGAAGGAGGCCAAGUAAAAAUUGCUGAUUUAGGUGUAUGUAAUGAGUUUUUGGGUGAGGAUGCUGCAAUGAAUAAUGGUUCAACAGCUGGCACGCCAGCAUUUAGAGCUCCAGAGACGUUAUUUCCAGGACAGUAUAUUUAUAGUGGCAAAGCAGCAGAUAUAUGGGCUCUUGGUGCUACAUUAUGGUCGUUAAUAUAUGGAAAUGUACCAUUUGUGGCAAACAACAUUCCGGCACUUUAUGAGCAAAUAAAAAAUGAUCCUUUGGUAUUUCCAAAUAAUCCAAAGAUAUGUGAUGAACUGAGAGACUUAUUAGAAAAAAUCUUAGAUAAAAAUCCAAAUAAACGUAUUACUUUACCACAGAUAAAGGAACAUCCGUGGGUGACUUCAAAUGGUAAAUAUCCAUUACCAUCAGAAGAAGAAAAUUGUCGUUUAGUGCAAGUUAGUGAUGAAGAUAUGAGCUGUGUUGUUAAAAGCAUUCCGAAAUUAGAUACGUUGAUAUUAAUAAAGACAAUGUUAAAAAAUCAUUCUUUUCAAAACCCAUUCGCAAAAACUGGAAUUUCUGGACGUGCUCCUCAACGUGGUGGAUCGAGAUUAGAGCGUUUUACUCGAGCUGGGAGAUCAAAUUCAGCACCAGGCGCAUACCAUUCACCCAUAGAUAGACAAUUGUCAUCUGAAAAUACUCUUCCUUCACUGAGUGAGAAUGUAGUCAGCCCCUCGAAUGAGUCUUCUGAUAAAUUAAAAUAGCUUUAAGAAAAUUAAAAAAUAUUGAUAUGAAAAUUCUUAAUGAUAUUUUUGCAUAAAAUUUUAUUUUAUAAUUUUUAACACAAAUUUUGCACAAUUUUGAACAAUUUAAUUUCGUAUUUAUAUAUUAAGAAAAAAAAACAUUUUUUUGCGAUUGUUAUUUUAAAAAAUUAGUGAUUAUGUACUUAUGUAUAAGUUAGUGUGUAAUAAGUGUUACGACAAAAAAUAGCUUUAAUUCAUUGCAUUUAAAACAAAACUUGUUUGUAAAAAUAUUUGUUCUAUGUACUAAAAUCUGUAAAAUUCUUAAAAUUUGUUCUAAAAAAUCUUGAAUUAAAAUAAGGAAUACGGAAGUCUUUAAAAAAAUUAACUGUUCUCAAUCAAGGUUUUGCCAAUUUUCAAAUUUUUAUAAAAUAAAACUUUAUUCUAAGGCCAUUUCGCUCAUUAUUUGGUUUGCUGGCAUUUGUAAUAGAAACUUACUUUUUUUAAUUUUAAAUUAAAUUCAAAAUGCAUUAAAACUUUCGUCGUAACACACAAAUUUUGUUUGAAAAAAUCUUUGUUUAAUUAAAAUUUUGUUCUUGAAUUCUUUGAUUGGUUUAUUAUAGAUACUUAAUUAAUUAAUGUUGUUGUUGAUAUUUUUUAAUUAAUUUAGUUUUAUAAUUAUUUUUAUAUAUUUUUAUAGAAAUAUAUACAUACAUAUUUUUUAUAUAAUUUUUUACUUGGUUUUACAAUAAGAAAUUUGCAUAUACAUUCAUAUUAAUAAAAAAAAGGAACCAUUUUACAAAAAUUUCUUUAAUUUGUUUUAGAAAAUUUUAGAAUAUAAGAAAAAUAAACA